UCCACCUCUCCCUCCUUCUCCCCUUGCUCCUCUCCUCCUCCUCUCUUCUUUCGUUCACACAUCCUUUCAUCAGAUAUGACUUUCCUCCCGAACUGCAGCGCACUAGCCCCAUGGCGAUCUGCUGGGCUGUGAGGGGGGCUGUUAAACGCAGGGCUCCUUCCUGUACCCUUGCUCUUUAAACACACUUCUUUUUUUGGUUCAGUGGGAACAGAUUUGGACGAGACACGGUUUUAAGUUCCGAGCCUCUGUUUCCAGCGACGAUCACAAUUUCCCUCUUUUGCCGCCUGCUUGUUGGUGGAUUUGUGUCAGUGUCAGCAAGGGAGUUUUCCGCUUUUGUAUCAUGUCCCUAUUUCGCUGGAUUCUGUCUCCUGGAGUUGUUUGAGUGGCAUCCACACCGCGGCUAGUUCAGCCUCCCUGUCUCUGUGCUGGGAGGGGGAGGGAGACCCUGCUGCUGAGCUCACCGGAGGACCAAACAGGAAGGAAAAAAAGAACAUCACAGAGGUGUAGAAGAACAGAGAGAACAGAGAGAGGAGAAGAAAAAGAAAGAGAAGACAUCACUGACCGCUGAAGACCGCAAGAGCUUACUGUGAGUGAGACUUAGUGAGACUUAGUGAGAUAGCGAGACGAGGAUUCAGAUUCACACACACACACACACACCAAACAAAAAAUCACACAGAAGGCUGUAAUUGCUGAAGCCACCGUAUCCUUUAAAGACGGAGAUCUCCAGGACAUUCCAUCAUCUCAGUUUCUUCACACACACACACACACACACACACACACACACACACACACAGAAGGAUCGAGCACAGAUGUCCCACUACUGCUGCCUCCUUUUGUAAGCCCUCUCCAAUCCCGGCACGGACCCCAGCCUGGAGCUCCUGAAGAUCUUCUCUGGCUGCAGCACCUGCCGUUCCUCUGCUGUUCCUCCGUCACUCCGUGACCUCUCGGGCUCACAGCCAUGCAGGUGUCAUUCGCAUGCACAGACCAUGGGCUGAAACGCAGCAGUGAGCCCAAUAAACAGAACACGUCGAGUCCGAAUCCCACGAGCGCGGCCCGAGCCCGCUUCCGGACCGUGGCAUUGAUUGCACGGAGCCUUGGCACCUUCACCCACCGACACCACAUCUCGCUGAAGGAGUCCACCGGAAAACUCACAGGCAUGAAAUACAGAAAUCUGGGGAAGUCAGGAUUGCGAGUAUCAUGUUUGGGACUUGGAACAUGGGUGACAUUUGGGGGUCAAAUUUCUGAUGAGGUAGCAGAGCAGCUCAUGACUAUAGCCUAUGAGAAUGGGGUCAACCUCUUUGACACAGCAGAGGUCUACGCGGCAGGGAGAGCUGAGAUAAUCCUGGGAAAUAUCAUCAAGAAAAAAUGUUGGAGGAGGUCUAGCCUAGUCAUUACUACAAAGCUAUACUGGGGAGGAAGUGUGGCUGUGGUGGGUGUAGCCAUGAUGGGUGUGGUCAUGGUGGGUGUGGCCAUGACGAGUGUGGCCGUGGUGGGUGUAGCCAUGAUGGGUGUGGUCAUGGUGGGUGUGGCCAUGACGAGUGUGGCCAUGACGAGUGUGGCCGUGGUGGGUGUAGCCAUGAUGGGUGUGGUCAUGGUGGGUGUGGCCAUGACGAGUGUGGCCGUGGUGGGUGUAGCCAUGAUGGGUGUGGUCAUGGUGGGUGUGGCCAUGACGAGUGUGGCCAUGACGAGUGUGGCCGUGGUGGGUGUAGCCAUGAUGGGUGUGGUCAUGGUGGGCGUGGCCAUGCUGGAGAUCGUGAGGGCGAUGACCUAUGCCAUCAACCAGGGCAUGGCCAUGUACUGGGGGACCUCACGGUGGUCCGCCAUGGAGAUCAUGGAGGCGUACUCUGUAGCGAGGCAGUUUAACCUGAUCCCUCCUGUGUGUGAACAGGCGGAGUAUCACUUCUUCCAGAGAGAGAAGGUGGAGGUUCAGCUACCUGAGCUCUAUCAUAAGAUUGGGGUGGGCGUGGUUUCCUGGUCUCCUCUGGCCUGUGGAAUCAUCACAGGGAAGUACGAUAACGGCGUCCCAGAAUCCUCCAGGGCAGCGAUGAAGUCGUACCAGUGGCUGAAAGAGAAGAUUGUGAGUGAGGAUGGGCAGAAGCAGCAGACCAAGCUGAAGGAGUUGAGUCAUGUGGCAGAGAAGCUCAGCUGUAGCCUGCCACAGCUCGCCGUAGCCUGGUGCUUACGUAAUGAGGGAGUGAGUUCGGUCCUCAUGGGAACCUCCAGUCCUGCUCAGCUCACAGAGAACUUGGGUGCAAUACAGGUGAUUCCAAAGAUUACCCCUCAAAUUGCCUCUGAGAUUGACAAAAUUCUUGGUAACAAACCCCACAGCAAGAAAGACUAUCACCACUGAGCUGCGAGGGUCUGGGCGUGAGGAAGACCAGCCUGCCUGUCAUUCCUCACCUGUCGCUGUGUCGCUCACCUGAUCACCUGGCGAUGAGUCAUCACUCUGCGUCACCAUCGCUGCGUACCAUGAUGUGUCCUGAGCUAGCUGGCAGAGCAAUGCAUGCUGUGAGCGUGUGUGUGCGCGUGAGAGAGAGAAUCCUGUCUGAUGUGCACUUUAAACCACACUUUUAUCUGUCUGUCGUCGUAUAGCCUACCAAAGUCAACUCUGUUUCUGGCUCUGACUGCUUCCUGUUUAAAGGGCAAAAGAAACAGGCUGGUGUGCACUCCAGCCUGAGCACACCUGCAGAAAUAAAGUCUUGAACUUUAAUUUGAUAGGAAAUAAUAGCCAUGCAUGACAAUGCCUGUAGAAUUUUGCAUCGUAUAACCCGAUGGUAAAGUGCCGUGGAACUUUACUGAUCGUGCCGAAGUGUGGUACCCCCCUCCCCUUAGACACAUGUCCUAUUUCCAUUGUAAACAUAUUGUCAAUUUAAAGGUUGUUCUGUGUUAUCUGUGUUACCAUCAAUGGAUCUGAACAUGUUUCAAGGACUGUGGGUUAUGCUGCUGGACUGUAAACUUACAUAUUGAGACUGUACACAUUGCAUUUCCUCACUGGCUUGCAGGCAGUCGCCAUGCUGCUAUGUUUGCUACCGUUUGAGCUGCAAAAGACAAUGACCGUGGACAAUGAUCUUAAAGAUAGGACGUGAGAUAGGACGUGAGAGAGGACGUGACAGAUGACGUGACAGAUGACGUGACAGAGGACGUGAGA